AUGAAGGAUAAAUACAUCCUGAAUGGUACAACUCAGUUGACACCCUUCCUCUAUCCUCCUAAAGAGGAGCACAAUAAUGACUUUAGAGGGAUGCAAAGAAAGAGACCUAAUCAAAGAACCUCCUUUUCACCUGAUUCUUAUGAUUCCAAAGCCUUUAAUACUUAUAUUAUUACUCAAAGAAAGGAGAAUCUCGCUCAGAUCCAGCAGUCUAAAUAUCAAAAGAAAGCUCGUGCUUUCUAUAAACAUUCGAAGAUUAACUCUAAUGUAACUUCUCCUUCGAGUUGUUUCAAAGAAGUCUAUCAAGGCAUGAAACCUAAUUAUCAAAGAGCUAAGACGAAGUACAAAAAGAGACAGCCUAAAUACAAGAAAUUAAGCUUUGGAACUCACUUUGAGGGAGUUACAAGCACUCAAUUAUCUCUAAUGAAUAUUUGUAGGAAAGAGGAUAUCUCAAAUACUCACGCAUACGAAGACUUUUCAGAUACUUCAGGAAGUCCUGUGCAAAAACCUGACAAAUAAAGCGUUUUCUUUCAAAAUUUCCCCUGUGGAUAACAUUUUUAAACAAAAAUUACCUUCUAAGAAGACUAUUUUAAAGCCCAAGAGCUUCAAUGGUAAUCCUAGAUACAAGAAAUCAAUGCUACGGGCACUCAAACAGAGAAGAAAGAUUGGAAAUCUUUUACAGGACAAGCUAGUUUCUCCUCUAAACAUAACAGAAAAGACCACUGAUUAUAGAAGAAAGAUGAGCAAUAGGCAUGUAUAUGUGUCAUGACAACACAAGGAUUGUGGUAGGAAUGGGAUUAAUAUCAGCAUUGAAGAAUUCAUUAAAGAAUCUAAGAGAAAAGAUCGAAGAGAAAUUUUAGAGAAGAAGAAAUUGAAACCCCCAGAAGAUAGAGUUAGAUACUCAAGUCUUGACUUCAAAAAGGAAACAAGAAAUAAGUUCUUUGAGCCUAUUGUUGACUCCUUCAAGAGAGAGAGCAUGUCAACUAUAUUUGUGAAUCCUAACUUAAAUGCCUCUCAGAGAGUUUCCAUUUAAGGCUAGUUUUUAUAACGCUUAAUUUU